UUUCGUACAGUAGAGCACACACACAUGACACAUGUACAAGUAGAGUAAUUCGUACCGUCGUGCUCAUCUCGGUCGCCGAUGCGGCCGGCGUCGCCCUCAUCGGAGUCAUCGUGGUGUACAUAUACUGGAAGCUGCGCGACCGGCGCGGGGACGACGACGACGAGGACGAGGAGGGGCGAGGGCUCUUCGCCUGCCCGUGCAUGCAUGCAAACACCUGCGGGGACUCGUCGGACAGGUCCGACGCGGGCGGUGGCGAGAAGAAACGCGGCAACGGUUCCGGGGGCGGAGGCGGCUGCGAGGACGGGGAGCUGGUGGCGAUCGACAAGGGGUUCCGGAUGGAGCUGGACGAGCUGCUGCGGUCGUCGGCGUACGUGCUGGGGAAGGGCGGGAAGGGGAUCGUGUACAAGGUGGUGGUGUGGUGGUGGGCAACGGGACGACGCCGGUGGCCGUGCGGCGGCUGGGCGGCGGCACCGCGGCCCCAGAGCGGUACAAGGAGUUCGCGGCGGAGGCCGGCGCCGUCGGGCGCGUGCGGCACGCCAACGUGGUGCGGCUGCGCGCCUACUACUGGUCGCCCGACGAGAAGCUCGUCGUCACCGACUUCAUCAACAACGGCAACCUCGCCUCCGCGCUGCGCGGGGGGUUUCUGCAAAACUGCGUGUGCUGACCGGUCCAGCCACUUGGCAGCCAAUUGGCGAGCUGUGAUUGGCCUGGGACUAAAUCAUCACAUGAGGUGCAAGUUGAGACAGAGAAGGCCCCAUCGAUGUCCCCUUUCAAAAUCACCGGCAAGGGGCUGGAGCUGAUGUCCGAAGAGGAGUACCUCCGCGUCAUCAAUUCUGGGAUCAAAUACGCCGUGGAGUGCAACAACUGCAACCGGGCUGACAAGAAAAUCACAGGAGAUGACGUGUAUAGGUACAUGAAGAUGCGCGGGGUCACGUCCUUCUCCCCCAAGUUCCUGCAAGAGACCAUACUCGACAAGCUCUAAGCGUAAGACAGGACAACAAAUCUGCUUUGCACAUCCUGUUCCGAGACCCCUACUACGAGCCUCUGAGCUAUAUAUAUGUUCGUGUAUCGUAGCGCGAUGUUAUUAAAGUUUAGAACGGUUCCUAGAGAAUACUUUGUUUAGUAGUAGUAGUAGUAGUAAUGCUGGUUCGGAAGAAAUAAUUAUGUAUAUGUUCUCCGUGAAUGCAUUUGUGGAGUAGGUUUGCUUUGCUAUCUUGUACUAGUAACCUACCGGUUGACGUCAUAUGGUCACAAUGGCUGUGUACACCCUUGUAAAUAGGUCUUAUAUUUUGGUAUGGAGGGCGUAGGUUA